AUGCCCGCCAGAUCGGGCACCUCGUCGUCGAGCAUGCAUACCGCCACCUCCUUCAGCUCCAGCUUCAUGGACGCCUCGCCCACACGCCAAUCGCCAAAUCGACGCAGCAGUCACCGCCAAAAGCGCGAAUCCCUCAUCCGCGACCCCUAUGAGAGCCCGGCCAAGCAAUUAGCCCUCGAGUUCAAUCUCCGCCUCAGCAUAUCCGACCGGGAGUUCAACGAGAAGCUAGACCAGGCUGCGAACGAGCGCGCGAAACAACAUGCCCAACAACUCGCCUACGCUGCCGAGGAACACGAGCGCGUCUUCAGGAGCGCGAAGCUUGAGAUCGAACGCAUUGCCCUGGAAGAAGAGCAGGCGCGCCUCCGCCAUGAAGAGGCUCAACGGCAGGAGAUUGAGCGCCUGAAGCAGGAGAAGGCCCGCGAGCAAGCCGAGGCUCAGCGAAGGGCUCUGGAAGCAAGACAGCGCGAGGAGGAAGCCGCCCGUCAAGCCGCAGAACACAAGCUCAAACUGCAACAGGCCGAUGCCCGCAUCAAAGCCCAGCAAGAGCAGCAGGCGGCCGCUGAGAAGCAGAAGAGGGAAAAGGACGAAGCUGAUCGGAAGGCUGCCGAGGCUGCGGCCGCUGCAGAGAAGGCUCGACAGCAAGCACCACCACAGCAGCCAACCGCCCAGCCCACCCCCGCGCCAGCUCCCACACAAGCAGCUGCACCACCAAAGCCAUCCACCGCCGCACCGGCAACUAGCACCAGCGCCGAUCAGAUUCACGCCAAAUACCUUGAACUCCACCAGCGCAUGAAGGCCUUCCGCAAAGCUUUUUGGGAGGAACAUAAGAAGCCAACCUCCCCACUCAAGGGUCCCGUUGGUGAUGCCCGACGCGCCAUCCGCACUCGACUUGGCCAGAUCACAGUGGAGCGCAAGGACAGUGUCGCCGCCAUCAAGCGCCUCCGAACCGAAUGCUUCGACAUCGCCCUCACAACACCCGGACCCAUGGUCGACAUCCGACAAUACAUUGUCUCCCACCAAAUUCCCCAGCUGGCCAACGAGAACGAAGCCGCAUACCCGGCGUUCCUGCUCUACGUCUGGAUCUGCUUCGAGAAGUUCCUUGUAAAGCAGUUCGAAAAGGAGGCCGCCAACACCGACGGACGCAUCAUCCAGGAGAUCGGUUUGAUAGCAGCCAGCUUAUUCGGCGACCAGAAGUACAUGUGGAACGGCCUUCCUCUCAUCGACAUUGCGCUGGCCAAGCUACACAAGGCCUGCCCCCCUCUGUUUGGCAUCCGCGGUACUAUGAACACCAAGGAAGGUCGGUUGCGCCUAGGCUGGCAAGAGGACUCAACCCCGGAGACAUAUUCGCAGCGCAUGCGCGGUAUCGGAGCUGGCUACGCCUCCAUGUCCCUCCGCUCAUUCGCCGCCAAGGCGCCUGCCAUCGCCAUGUCAGAGUACUGGCGUGCCAUCUCUUCGAUAUGCAACACACCCUCCGAGCAACUCUGGCCUGGACACUUCGCCGUUCUCAGCGGCCUGAUCCGCGACUACCACAAGAAGUUCAUCCAAUUCUACGGCGUACCUGCGCGUGGCGUCCUGCGUCGCGCUGUCGUCGACCUACCCGUCCGUGCACCAGAGCGCUGCAAAGACGCCGCGAGUACCAUUGCCGUGUACCGCGAGACUUGGAAGAGGGAGAAGUUUUCGUUGGAUUAG